AUGCCUUGUGCCGAGUGCCCUAGCGUGGCGAGGGAUGUGCUGGUGCUGCACCAAAGCCAGGCCAGCCCCCCCGGGCAGGACCUCAUGGCUGAAAGAGACUUGCAUGAAGGAAGUAAUGUUCUAAGAAUGUCAUCAGGCAUCCAAAUAAAACCCAAGACUGCAGUACAGAAAAGCAAGACAUCUCCUUUGCCAUGUUCUCCGGAACCUGCAAUUAAACCACAACCAAAGCCAAGUGACAAGCUGAAUCCUAAAACUAUUGAUCCGUUUGGUGCUCAUUCUCGACCACCUUCCGCAUUUGCUGCUAUAUACGCUAAAGGUGGCAUUCCAUGCAGGUUAGUGCAUGGCUCAGUAAAGCACAGACUGCAAUGGGAAUGCCUUCCUGAAACUGUUCCCUUUGAUCCUCUUCUUCUAACAUUGGCAGAGGGUCUAAGAGAGACAAAACAUCCCUAUACAUUUGUUUCAAAGGAGGGUUUUAAAGAAUUACUUAUGGUUGAAGGUGCUGCUGAAAAAGCAAUUCCCUUGUUGCCUCGUCUAGUUCCAGUGUUAAAGGCUGCAUUGGCCCAUUCAGAUGAUGAAGUAUUCAGAAGGGGAUUGGAAGCUUUAGUUCAACUGAGUGCUGUUGUUGGCCCAUCUCUUAAUGAUCAUCUUAAGCACCUACUCACAAAUCUUUCAAGGAGAUUAAUGGACAAGAAAUUUAGAGAAAAAAUUACUGUUACUUUACAAAAGUUGGAACAAUAUGGUGGAAAGGCAACUGUGGCUAUCAUAAAAUCUAAAAUUCCAACCUAUUGUUCUGUCUCUUCGUGAUCAAGAAAACUGUAGUGAUUUGUACUGUAAGUUGAAGUUUGGAAAGAAACUGCCUGUGAACAUCACUGACACUUAUUUGGGGUAUGAUAUAUUGUCUUAAAAUAAUCACAAUUCUUCAGUAUGAUGGAGAGUGGGAAAAGUC